UUGAAAUUGUUAGUAACCUUUGAAAAUAUUCUUAAAUAAUUUUUGCAUUUAGGUAAAAUUUAAAAUUUCUUUAAAAUAUUACCACAUGGUGGAAAAAUGUUUUCGCAAGCUAGGACUGUGUGUUAUAUUAUCGGCUCUGGUUGUAUAUUUCUUUAUUUAUGGAGCACAUGACACAGUAACCGAAAUACGAGAUCCAUUCUUUGUUAACACCGACGGAUGUCGCAUUAUAUCCAUGGAUGUGAUGAAUCAUCAAAUCGAAAAGUUCACGAACUGGGAGUGGAACCAUCCAAAAUUUAAACUAAAAUGUCCAAAAACUACAUGGUUCCGUACUGAAAUGGCAAAUGGAGACUGGUAUUUGAAGUUGAGUCGUGAUAUCGAUGAUAUUCUGAAGGAAUCUGGCCUUACCAACGAUUGGGAAAUAACCUGCUAUUGGCUCAACUUUAAAAUACACCGGCGCUGGCGUUCCAAGUUGACCCAUCGAACCAGAUUCGAUCUAGAUUUUCCCUAUGUUCUGAAGGUCCCCAAAGGAGUCAGGCACUUGCGACUACAGUGUGUGGAAACUGAAACAAACAAGAGUCUCUACAACGACGCCCACUUCUUCAUCCAACCAACUCCUGAAAAGCUGUUAAAACCACCUCCCCCCAGAUUGAAGUUUUGGGAUAAAAGAAAUCAGAGACGAAGUGAAAUGCCGCCCAUUUCAGUAAUGAUUUUGGGUAUAGAUUCAGUAUCCCACUUAAACUUUCUGCGGCAAAUGCCUAAAACUGCCGCUUACAUGAGAUCAAAUAUGUCCCAUGUGGAGUUCUGGGGCAUGAAUAAGAUCGGUUUGAACACCUACCCGAACCUUAUUGCCCUUUUGACAGGUCUCAGUUCCGAUGAAGCCAAUGGACUUAUAUCAGAAGACAAAUUUAUGGAUCGCCUACCUUUGAUUUGGAAAGACUUCAAGAAAGCUGGCUACAACACUAGUUUUGCGGAAGAUCACGCCAGAGUGUCUAUGUUCUAUUACAAGAAAAAAGGCUUCGAUAAACCCACCACUGACCAUAAUCUCCAUGAUUUUAUGACCGAAUUGUAUCUUAUACGGGAAAACUGUUCACUUGCCCUAACCUAUUGCAUCGGAGAACGCACUUUCCUGGACGUACUGAUGGAGAUGACGGACCGCAUGCUGCCCCACUACCAGAGGUAUCCCUUUUUCUCCUUCUAUUGGUGGUCCAAUGGGUUGCAUGAAUUUUUCAACUCUCCCCGUCUAAUGGACGAAAGAUUCCAGCGAUUGCUCGGAAGCCUCGACGAUAGUGGUGUCACCAAUAAUACCCUUAUAUUCUUCAUGUCUGACCAUGGAAUGCGAUGGGGUAAAUUUCGACACACAUUCCAGGGCAUGAUCGAGGAUAGUCAGCCGCUUUUAUCAGUUCUAUAUCCAAAAUGGAUGAGGGAGACUUAUCCUCAAGCUAUCCAGAACCUUCACUCCAAUGCUCACAGCUUAAUGACCACCUACGACCUGUAUGCGACUAUGAAGCAUGUUCUGGAUAUCGAAUCCCUGCAGGAUGAGUCCAUUCAGAAAAUGUCCGACGACCUGUGGGACUUAAAAGGCAAAAGCACUCCCCGGGCAGUGAGUUUAUUUCUGCCUAUACCACCGUGGAGAAACUGUAAUUCUUCCCACAUAAAAAAAAAGUUCUGCCUCUGCCAUCGACAGGUUUCCAUUCCACCUACUGAUCAAAUAGCCAAGCAGUCCGCUCAGCUUAUACUAGAUUCUAUAAACAAAAUGCUGGAGGAGUAUGCAAUGUGUAUUCCUUUGAAAUUGGAUUCUAUUCUCAGUGCCCAUUUCGAAGUCCCCGAAAGGGACCUCAAGAACUCCCACAGACGGGAGGGAAGUCACCUUAAUGAAAACUACAGGGAUCAGGGUCCCUGGUUUAGAAUAAAAAAAAAUACUGAUCGAGACGUCAUUGUGCUAUUGAAGACCAAGCCCAUGGAUGCAUUUUUUGAGGGUAUGACCCGGAAGCAUGGAAACACAAUGUCCCUGAUUGGAGAGAUUAUUCGAAUCGGGUACGAUGGAAAUAAAAAUGUAUGUAUAGCGAAUGCUAAGCUGGAACCGUUUUGUCAUUGUGGCGUGUAGACCUUUCUGAUUAUUAAAUAUAU